CCGCAAGCGCCCGCGACGCUGCGUGUGCUCCGGGCUUCUCUGGCUGACCAACUCCGCUGCUCUGGAGGAUUCUUCCUGGAUGUUUAUCAACCAUACUUGUCUUAAAGAUUAAUAAUUAGGAUGAAACCAUGACCAGGUGGGCCCGAGUUACUACGACCCAAAACAAGAGACCUUUCUCUGCCACAUCGUGGGAGGAUUUGAAGAAAGGAGCCUUUGAGGGGAAAAGCCAAAACCUACCAAAGCGUCAACAUGAAGUUAAUAAGCUGUCGCUUAAAAAGGGUACACCCCAAGCAAAACACAAAAAGAACAAGAAGAAAAAGGAGUACUUAAAUGAAGAUGUGAAUGGAUUCAUGGAAUACCUAAGACAAAACUCACAGAUGUCUCACAAUGCAAUAAUAGCAACAGACAGUCAGGAAGUAAGAGAAGAAAUAGCAGUUGCUUUAAAGAAAGAUAAUCGUCGGGAAGGAAGACGAUUAAAAAGGCAAGCAGCAAAGAAAAAUGCAAUGGUAUGCUUCCAUUGUAGACAACCUGGCCAUGGGAUUGCAGAUUGCCCAGCUGCCCUGGAGAACCAAGAUAUGGGCACAGGAAUAUGUUACCGGUGUGGGUCCACAGAGCAUGAAAUAACCAAGUGCAAAGCAAAAGUCGACCCAGCUCUAGGUGAAUUUCCUUUUGCAAAAUGUUUUGUUUGUGGGGAAAUGGGGCACCUGUCUAGGUCUUGUCCCGAUAAUCCCAAAGGACUUUAUGCUGAUGGUGGUGGCUGCAAACUUUGUGGCUCUGUGGAACAUUUUAAGAAAGAUUGUCCUGAAAGUAAGAAUUCAGAGCGAUUGGUCACAGUUGGUCGCUUGGCGAAGGGAAUGAGUGCAGACUAUGAAGAAGUUUUGGAUGUGCCCAAAGUACAGAAACCUAAAACAAAGACACCCAAAGUUGUUAACUUUUGAUAAGCAUUAUUCCUGUUGUCAGCCAUCACCUCAUAGUGCCAUUCUGAACUAGGUCCACUUUACUUGUUGGAGCUGGGCUCCUGAGGAGGCCUGUAGCAGAGCUGCCAGUGCAGUGGGGGGUGCGGGUGGAGGGGUCGAUUUUCUGACUUUGCCUAUCAAGGACUACAGUCUAAGGUAGGCAGAAGAUUUUUCAAUUUGAUUUUCUAAAAGAACAUCUUUCAGCAGCAAGAACUGAGGUCUAACCAAGUGGUUAUAUACAGGAUUGUAACAAUCAAAUUUUUUA